UAUCUUUUUAUAGAAAUAUUCCUAUACAAGCAAUAUACCGGGCCUAUAGCUUACUGAUUAUUAGAUCUAUAUAUUUAUAGUUCAGAUCUUAUAUCUCUUUGCUUAGUUAACUAGAAAAGGUUAAUUAUUAUCUUUAAUAUUUAUCAGUGCAUGAUGCUUUGCAGAUUCUAAUUUUAAAUUCGAUGAUGGAUUUUGAAUAUGACAGUUCUCAAACUGUUCUAAAAAACACAGAAAAACUUCUGUUGGAUAAUAUUUUUUUGGAUUUUACUGUCAAGGUUGAUGACGUUUCCUUGCCAUGUCACCGUAUUUUUCUGGCAGCGUCGUCACAUUUCUUCAGAGCACUUUUAAUGACAGACAUGAAGGAGGCUAAAGAGAGUUGUGUAACGAUCAAUGGGAUUUCUCUUAAAACAUUUCAGCACAUUUUAAAGUCAAUGUAUACUGGAAAAGUUCCUCUGACGAAAGAUAAUUUUAUAGACAUAUGGCAGGCAGCGGAUCAACUACAGAUAGACUUCAUUGUUGCACACUGUGAGGAUUUCGCUGCAAAAGCCAUUUCCGUUGAAAACUUUGAAAGCGUUGUGAAUACAGCUAAAGCUUUUAAAUCCGAAAAAGUGUUGAAUGCUUCAAAAUCUUUUAUGUUAAAUAACUUCGGCAUACUUAUGAACGACAAGUCUAUAAUGGAGCUCGAAGUUAAAGAUUUUAAUGAAUUGAUUGAUUCACGGGACCUAAAAGUAGAAAACGUAGACUGGGUUAUACAAACAGUGCUAAAGUGGGUUGAGUAUGUGCCAGAAGAAAAAUGCAGUGCUGAAUAUGAAGACGUUUACACUGACAUAAAAGAUAAUACAACAAAUUGUUCUAAUAAUGAAUCUGACAAAAGUCUUGCCGCAGUCCAUAAACAAACGUUGAAUAAAAUAAAUCACAGAACUCAAGCCUUGACAACAUUAUUGAAGUCUGUGAGGACGUGUCUUGUGAGUACACCACUUCUGAAACAUCUGCUAAAACAUCGAUUGAUAAUCAACAACACUGAAGCUAGAGAUAUUUUGAUUGAUGCUGUGUUGUAUAAGACAACACAUUAUAACCACGGACAAUGGCGAACAAGUGCCAUACAUCGAGCUUCGAGUGAAUGGGAACACUACGGUGUUUUAUAUGUAAUAAACAAAAAUUUUAAUUGCAUAAAUGCAUGCGAAGAAAAGAUUUACACAUGUGUAAGCUCUAGCGAUAUACCUCUGGACGUAACUUUAGUUGUGUUCGACUCUUAUCUAUACGCUAGUGGUGUUAAAGACGUCUCUCAAACAAACAGCUGUCUGUAUGUUUUUUGUAGAAAUGUUUGGAACAAAAUCACUGAGAUACCAGGACGGCAGUUAAUUUUAGUGCCAUAUGAACAGUGUAUCUUUAUUCUUAGUAAAUGUUCUAGUGAAAUAUAUCAAUUAUACCCUAAAAACAGUAAGCUAAAAGUUGAAGAAUUCACAAAGCUUCCAGACACAAUCAAAGUACAACAAGCUGUACAUUAUCAGAGAAUGAUUCUGAUUUUCAGUUCUGUUACCGUCAACGGUGAAGAGAAAACUGCAGUUCAUCAGCUGGACACUCUAACAAAGAAAUUAACAGAAUUAGAACAAUUAAAUGGACCAGCUGAACAGAUAAUAAGUUUCAGUGAUGACAACAAUACUUUUUUGCUACAAACUGUAGGAGAUUUGUGGAGCAUAAACUUUUCAGCUGAAAAAGUCACAUUCUUAUUUUUGGGAAGAUUAUGGACUGUUAAAAGAAAUUUGUACGGUGCAAUGACAUACAGGAAAAAAUUGACUAUCUUAGGUUCUGACCCAACAAAAGAGCCUGCUGAACAAAAACGGCUGUAUACGCUUAAAGAUUACUGUAACAUCAUAAAUCACUGGGGGAUUGAUGAACCAUGUUCAAAUUUUAUACUAGUUACACUACCGAAAGAUGAAAUGGUGUCUCUCAAAAAUUAAUUACAAAGUCGUGCUAUUGCAAUUUGUAAAGGUGUUGGCAGAACGUUUGGGGCUUUUUUGGUGGUGGUUAUACAGCCUUUUUGUUUCAUUACUUUCCAAAGAUUUACUUAGUAAUUUGUGCACUGGAUGCAAAUGGAGUAAAUUAAUAGCUCUCUGAAUAAGUGGAAUUAAAAUAACCAAUAAUGCUUUAUUUAGAUGCAGGGCCACUUAACUAACUUUUAUAUUUAUAUAUAAUACAAACACUUUUAAAGAAUCACACGUUGUGAUUAUUCUUUUAUUUAGUAUCUUAAAUAAAAGUAUAAGGCUAAUUAAAAAAAAAGAACAACCUGACCGAUCAAUAUAAUCUAAAUAAUCUAAGUAGGUUUUGGUGUGUUUCGUUGUUUUUUAAAUUUCUUUUUUUUGGUUGUUAGUUUAAAAUACAUAUAUACGGGCCUACUGCAAUGCUGGUAGUAUUUCAAAAUUGUUUUAACUCUUAUUGUUAAUAAUUGAAAACAUCCUUUAAAUGUUAGCACUAGUAAUUACUUUUAUUAUUAGAAUGUAUAGAGUAGGUCCGGUAGGUGAAUGACACGAAUCAGAGAGUGAAUAAAUUGUAGUGCAGAUUGGUGAUACCGAAUAAAAAUGUAAAAUUGCUGAAGUGGGUGGGUCACACCCCAAAAUAGCGCAUCGGGUGGCAUCUGACAUAGUGUCAACUGUUACAAAAUAACGAUUUUAUUUUUGAUAUUUUAAAUCAAUUAUACUUUGAUACUUUUAAUUUACCGUUCAAUAAAGUUUACACUAUGUAUUUGUUUAAA